CUCUUCUUUAUGUGUAUUCUGUAUUUGACUUGUGAGUGAAUAGUGUUUCUUGAUUCUUCCAUGCACCUCUAUAUAAACCUAACCUCAUCAGCAAUGAAACCAAGCAUCUCUCAGGGAUAAAUCUAAUAAGCAAACACAUAAAAUAUGAGAGGGUUCAACAGAGGAGGUCCUAAAUUCCUAAUUGUCACUGCAUUGCUAAUUGUCCUGUCAAUAGAACAAAAGGUUAGCAGUGCUAGACAAGGCAGGCAGUUUCAAAGACAACAGGACAGUAACACACCAAUGUCUCUUCUCCGCGAAGAUGGUGAUGGUGAAUUCACAGGCCAACGAAUCCCGAGGGUAGUGAGGGAGGUUUACCAAGCUAAGUUCACAGCACUCAAUGCCGCUAGGGACAAUACCGUUUUCAACGUGCUGGAUUAUGGCGCCAAAGGUGAUGGAGCUACAGAUGACACCAAGGCAUUUGAAGCUGCAUGGAUUGAUACUUGUAAAGUGGAGGCUUCAACGAUGAUGAUACCAUCAGGGUCUGUGUUUUUAGUUAAACCAAUCUCUUUCUCUGGGCCAAACUGUCAACCAAACAUUGUAUUCCAGGUAGAUGGAAAGAUUAUUGCGCCAACAAAUGCAAAGGCUUGGGGAUCGGGCCUCUUGCAGUGGCUUGAAUUUAAGAAACUCAAAGGAAUAACAGUCAGAGGGAAAGGCAUCAUUGACGGACAAGGUUCAGUCUGGUGGAAAAAAUCCCCCACAUAUGAAUUGACUGAAGACAAUAAACUUACUAGUAACUCAACCAAAUUAGCUUCAGAUAACAGUAGCUUACCAGAUUCGGUAAGUACCGAGGCUGUACGAAAAUUGCCACACACCAAGCCAACCGCACUUAGAUUCUAUGGAAGUUCAGGUGUGACAGUAACUGGGAUAACAAUCCAAAACAGCCAACAAACUCACCUCAAAUUCGAUGACUGCACAGUUGUUCAGGUUUUUGGCAUCACUGUCUCGUCUCCAGGUGACAGUCCGAAUACAGACGGAAUCCACCUGCAGAACUCCCAAAAUGUGUUAAUCCACAACAGCAAUCUUGCUUGCGGAGACGAUUGCAUCUCUAUUCAGACUGGCUGUUCGAGCAUAUUCAUACGUGAUGUGAUUUGUGGACCUGGACAUGGAAUCAGCAUUGGCAGCCUUGGCAAAGACAACACCAGAGCCUGUGUUUCAAACAUUACUGUUAGAGACGUCAAAAUGCACGACACACUGAAUGGCGUCAGAAUAAAGACGUGGCAGGGUGGAUCAGGGUCAGUGCAAGGAGUUAUGUUUGCAAAUAUUCAGGUCUCGGAAGUUGAACGUCCUAUCAUAAUUGAUCAGUUUUACUGUGACGGAAAGAAAUGCAGCAAUCAUACAUCAGCAGUCGGGAUAUCAGCUGUAUCCUUUCAGAAUAUAACAGGGACAUAUACAAAAAGUCCAGUGCACUUUGCUUGCAGUGACACCAUGCCAUGCACAGGUGUUACUUUAACCAGCAUUGAGCUUACAGCUAAACAAGAAAUCGAACCUUUCUGUUGGCAGACUUAUGGAAAACUGGAAACAGAGACCAUCCCUCCUGUUAAUUGCCUCAAGGCAGGCAACAAACCAAACUACGAUCAAUGCUGAAGUGAAAAAGCUGUAAAAGGUCAUGUUUAAAAGAAAUUCACCGCGUCUACUGGAUCUUACUUUGUUAUCAUAUUUAGUGUUUGCCCUGUUACUUGUACAACAGGAAUCGUUUUCUGUAAUAGUUUAGAGACCGCAAAGGUAUCAUUUUCAUCCUGUUCCGCUUCUUGCAGAAGCAGGAAAUUGAUCUUUUGCAUUGUGCCAUAGUAAUGAAAGCACUUGGGCAUAUGUAUGGUAGAUAUAUACCAACCUCAGGCCCUUAUUGUAAGAGAAAUAAUAUGUAAAAGAAUGUUACAGUACAAUAUAAAA